AUUGAAAUAAGAGAGGUCAGGUCUGGAGGUUGUGGCGAAUUGCGAAUUUUCGAUUUCUAGGGUUUAAGGGGGGCGCCAUUUUUUCCGUACUCGACGGUGCGAACCAACAGCAGCUCACACAUGUCCUCUAGGGCUUAGCCAUCUCCCUCCUUCCUUUGUCUUUACCCUCUCUCUCUCUUCUUCUCCUUCUUCUUCCCUUAAUGUCGGAAAACUCCAUGGAUUCCAAGCCAAAUGAUGUUGCCACUAAUGGUGAACACGACGACGCCAAGCCCUUGAACCAUAAAGAUGAUGGGAGUAGACAUGACCCUCCACCUCAUGGCGACGGGGCCAGUGCUGGGAAAAUAUUCGUUGGUGGUUUACCGCGGGAAACGACUUCUGCGCAAUUUGUUAAGCAUUUUGGUGACUAUGGGGAGAUUACGGACUCUGUCAUAAUGAAGGACCGGAAGACUGGACAUCCCCGCGGAUUCGGGUUUGUGACUUAUGCUGAUCCCUCUGUGGUAGAUAAAGUCAUUGAGGACACACAUAUUAUUAAUGGCAAACAAGUUGAAAUCAAGCGAACAAUACCCAAAGGAUCCUCCAGCUCUCGAGAUUUCAAGACUAAGAAGAUUUUUGUUGGUGGUAUUCCUACAUCUGUAGAUGAAGACGAGUUCAGAGAUUUCUUUAUGCAAUAUGGAGUGGUUAAGGAACACCAGAUUAUGCGCGACCACUCCACCAGUCGGUCUCGUGGGUUUGGUUUUAUUACAUUUGAGACAGAGCAAGCAGUUGAUGAUCUCUUGGCAAAUGGGAACAGGCUUGAGAUGGCAGGCAGUCAGGUGGAGAUCAAGAAGGCGGAGCCAAAGAAAGCAAAUCCACCUCCAGCCCCUUCGAAGAGAUACCAUGAGUCUAGGCCAAGUUACAGUGGUGCCUAUGGUGGGGAUGCAUAUGGGGAGUUCGGAGGUGGUGGGUAUGGUGGCAGUUUCAGGGCAGGUGGACCAUACGGUGCUAGAGGUGGUGGAUAUGGUGGAUAUGGUGGAAAUGAUUUUAGUGGUUACGGAAUGUAUGGUACUGGUGGCAUGGGAGCUUACCGGGAAGACCCCUCCAUGGGUUACUCUGCUCGUUAUGGAGCAAGCUUCAGUAGGGGUUAUGAUUUUAGAGGUGGUUAUGGUGGACCCGAUGAGAGUUAUGGUGCAUAUAACAGUGGUGGUGCUCCUAAUACUGGUGGGUAUGCAAGCUAUGAUAUGGGCAUGGGGACUGGAUAUGCUGCUGGUGGUAGAGGCUCCUUCUAUGGUAGUAGAGGAGGAGGAGGAGGAUACGAUGGUGCGGGGAGUGCUCCAAGUGGUCGAUAUCAUCCUUAUGGACGGUAGUAACUAGCGGCAGGGGGAGCUUUUGUUAAUUGAUGUGCUACAAGGACGGCAAUGCUGAGGAGUCCCUGGUCCUCGAAAUAAUGAUAAAUAUGUGUGCCUCUUACCGUCACAAGAUUCCUGCCAUGUUCAUCAGGAUCACAAUUUUCAGAGAUUUAGAAUUUGACUGUACAAUUGAUUGUGACUAACUUGCUCAAGAUUAUGUAUCACCUAUAUAUGCCAUUAAUUUCUCCAUUUUGCUACCAACUUUUACGUUGUUUUAGUGACAUGGUUAUUUUGAAGAAUGUUUAAUGAAUUGCAAAUUUUCAGUUUCCUUCUA